CGGUCACCGGGGACCGCGGAGUGGAGCGAGCGUGCUCGUGCGUGUGCAUAUGCGUUCUAGAGCGCGUGUAAUUAGCUAGAUGCCAGCGAGGCGCGCGGAUCCUGGCGGAGGGAGCGCAGCGCGAACAUACGCAGCCGGAGGGACACAGCAGAGAUGCGUUCGUCUGAGUUUGGCCUGUUACUGAUGUCGUCACCGCACCGCAGACUCUGAACUAUGGGUAACGUGGAGAGCCAGUGCGGCAGCCAUGGUUUCUACGGCGACCGGCAGAGACAGCUGUCCCGGAAGCGUGUGUCCCGCUCUCUGCGGCUGUCCGGGAAGCAGUCUUAUCAUUCCCGCCAUGCGGCGUCCGGAAAGCCGGAGCACCGAAACUCGGAGACGAGCACGCGGUCCAGCAGCACUCCCAGCAUCCCUCAGUCGCUCGCCGAGCACGGCCUGGAGCCCUUCGACGACCACGACGCUGGACUGCCCGACUUCAGCGCCCCCAUCUGGGUGGACCGGGUCGCCAUGAACCUGAGGCCCAUGACCUUCCACACCGAACCCACCGACGCCACCGACACCGCAGAGUCAACAGAGAACACACAGGACGGAGCGGAGCCACAGGGGGGCGCCAGAUCCCCCCAACACCGCGACGGCGGCAGCCUCAAGAAGAAUUCUGUAAAUUUUAAGAAGAAGCGCUCCAAGUCGGCUGAUAUGUGGAGGGAAGACUCUCUGGAAGUUUCUCUGUCAGACGCCAGCCUGGAGAACCUCACCAGCACGGAGGAGAUCGCGGACGCGCCGGACUCCACGCGGGCCAACUCACUGGACGAGCUGUACGGGCCGCAGAGCCACGGGCGCUACGCUAAGCGGCAGAAGGGGGGCUCGGUGGGGGCGGACAGCGAGGAGGACAAGAUGCUGUCGCCGUGUGACGAUGACGGAGCCAAUUACGGAGCAUUCACUCUGCCCUGCCGCCGGUCACACUGCCUGUCAGAGGGAGUGACCAGCCACCAGGGGGCCAUGCAGGGCCGGCGGGCACAGACCAUACAGGACGUCACGGCGGCUGACGGCAGCGAGCUGGAGGACAGCGGGAUCGACGGGCUGAUCGGAGACAGCGCGGCGUCCCAGCCCCGCCGCUACAAGGCCAUGUCUGCUUCCUUCUCCGCUUACUCCACUACAGCAGGGGGCGCCUUCGCCGGCAGCGAUAGCGGCAGCAGCAGCGGGGCCGGACCUGCAGAAGCGUGUCUUUAAACGCAGGGCGUCUAUGAGAACUUCCGCCAGGAGCUGGAGAAGAGCGGGUGCCAGGCAGAGCGGGCGGAGGAGCGGGCGUCAGCCCUAAGCGACGAACAGAGCAGUGUCACGCUAAGCUCCGCCUACCACACCGAGCCCCUGCUGGGACUGGCCUAUCACACGGAGCCGCUGCUGGGCGCGGCCGCCGCUCAGGGCAGCGUUCGCAAGGCCGGUCGGCUGACCGUCAAAAACCUGCUCGUGCACAAAAAGAACAAGAAGGUGGAGCUCGCUGCCCGCCGCAAGUGGAAGAGCUACUGGGUCUCAUUGAAAGGAUGCACUCUGUUUUUCUACGAGACGGACGGGCGUUCUGGAAUCGAUCACACCAGCGUCCCCAAACAUGGCGUGUGGGCGGAGAACAGUAUCGUCCAGGCCGUGCCGGAGCACCCCAAAAAAGACUUCGUCUUCUGCCUCAGUAACUCCAUGGGAGACUCGUACCUGUUCCAGACGAGCAGUCAGACGGAGUUGGAGAACUGGGUGACGGCGAUCCACUCCGCAUGCGCGGCGGCCUUCGCCCGGCAGCACCACCGUGACGACACGGUGCGGCUCCUGCGCUCCGAGAUCCGUAAGCUGGAGCAGAAGAUCGACAUGGAUGAGAAGAUGAAGAAGAUGGGAGACAUGCAGCUGGCCUCGGUCACCGACACCAAGAAGAGGAAGACCAUCCUGGAGCAGAUAUUCCUGUGGGAGCAGAAUCUGGAGCAGUUCCAUAUGGACCUGUUUCGUUUCCGCUGUUAUCUGUCCAGCCUGCAGGGCGGCGAGCUGCCCAACCCCAAACGCCUGCUGGCCUUCGCCUCGCGCCCCACCAAACUGGCCAUGGGCCGCCUCGGCAUCUUCUCCGUCUCCUCCUUCCAUGCCCUGGUGGCGGCCCGUACGGAGUGUGGCGUUCGGAGGCGUACACACGCCAUGUCCCGCUCCACCAGCAAACGCAAGAGUCGCUUCUCCUCACUGUGGGGCCUGGAGACCAGCACAAAGAGGAAAAACAAAACACACCCCAGCAUAGAGCAGGUUUUUGCAGAAGGGGAGGAGCCAGUGAGGAGGGUUCUGGAGGAAAUGUUUGAUGAAUCAUCAAGGACUGCAAAAGAUGACCCAGUCUGUGUGAAGGGGGCAGUGAGGCCCAGUGCGGAGCAGGACGCCUGGGCUAAAGACCACCUCACACCCUCCUGGGUAUGUUUACCCAAUGGCCGGCCCGUUCUGGCCAUCGUCCGGCCCGGAGAGUCUGCGCUGGACACACUGGAGACAAUCUGCAAGGCUCAUGGUCUGGACUCCACUAAGCACUACCUGCGUUUGAAGUUCCUGAUCGAGACACAGGUUCAGUUCUACAUCCCCAAACCGGAGGAGGACGUUCAUGAUCUGCUGUACAAGGAAAUCGAGCUGUGCUCCAAAAUCAGGAAGGUCAUUCAGUUCGACCGGGACGAGUCCUGCAUGAUUGGAUACGGUUUCUCCAUCUCAGUGGUGGAGGAUGACAGCGUGCAGCAACUCUACAUCACUGAUGUGAAAGCAGGAGGAUUAGCAUUUGCUAAAGGUUUGAAUGCUGGUGAUGAGAUCCUGCAGCUUAACGGGAAAAACUCCAGCACGUUGACCUUCUCCGACAUGAAGGCUGCGUUCUCUCAGGCAUCCCUCUCACUCACAGUGAACACACUGCCCCCGGUGGACCGGAGACAGCACUGCUUCCUGCCCCCAAGACGAUCCGACUCUGUGCAGCACCUCUACACCGACAUCUUCUCCCAGAACCAAGAGGAGAUUCUGGACGAUGGGGUUGGGCUCAUCUCAGAGACGUCAGGGGACAGUCUGGACGAUGACUCUGAGCUGUUCAGUGAAUAUGACGACUACAGAAAGAGGAACAGGAGCCGUAAGCGCUCCUCAGACUCCAUCUACAGCAUCCUGCACCUGAGUACGGAGCAGGUAGCCGCGUUCUGUCGGAGUCUCCAUGAGAUGAAUCCUUCCUCAGAGGCCGUUUCUCCUUCCUCUGGACCGGAGUCUUCCUCAGGAUGUGUUAACGCUCCGCGGCAGCUCAGCCACGCCGACAAGCUGCGCAAAGUGAUCUGGGAGCUGGUGGAGACGGAGCGCACCUACGUUAAAGACUUGAACUGUCUGAUUGGGAGGUAUUUGACUCCUCUACAGAAAGAAAGCUUCCUCACUCAGGAUGAGUUGGACGUCCUGUUCGGGAAUCUUCCGGAGAUGGUGGAGUUUCAGGUGGAGUUUUUGCGGACGCUGGAGGACGGCACUCGCCUGGUUCCUGACCUGGAGAAACUGGAGAGGGUCGAACAGUUCAAGAAAAUUCUCUUCUCUCUGGGUGGAUCGUUUCUCUACUACGCCGACCGCUUUAAGAUCUACAGCGCCUUCUGCGCCAGCCACACUAAAGUACCCAAAGUGCUGGUGAAAGCAAAGACGGACCCUGCGUUUAAGGCGUUCCUGGACGAGAGGAACCCGAAGCAGCAGCACUCGUCCACUCUGGAGUCCUAUCUGAUCAAACCCAUCCAGAGAGUUCUGAAGUACCCGCUGCUGCUGAGAGAGCUCUACACGCUCACCGACCCGGACAGCGAGGAACACUACCACCUCGACGUUGCAAUGAAGGCCAUGAAUAAAGUGGCGAGUCACAUUAACGAGAUGCAGAAGCUCCAUGAAGAGUUUGGUGCUGUUUUUGAUCAGCUGAUCUCAGAACAGACCGGCGAAAAGAAAGAGGUGGCUGACCUGUCUAUGGGUGACCUGCUGCUGCACACCACGGUGACCUGGCUGAACCCGCCCUCCUCUCUGGGGAAGUGGAAGAAGGAGCCCCAACUCGCCACAUUUGUCUUUAAAACUGCUGUGGUGUUCGUCUGCAAAGACUGUUCCAAACAGAAGAAGAAGAUGGGUGGGUCUCACCGUGCGUCUGUCUCCGGGGAAGAGAAGGAUCCGUUCCGUUUCCGUCACAUGAUCUCCACCAGUGCUCUUCAAGUCAGAGCCCUGACCAGUGCAGAUGGUGACAGCGCUGCAGUGUGUGAGAUCGUUCACGUGAAGUCGGAGUCUGAAGGAAGGCCGGAGAGAGUGUUCCACCUGUGCUGCAGUUCUCCUGAGACUAAGAAGGACUUCCUGAGGACGGUCCACUCCAUCCUGAGGGACAAACAGAGACGGCAGCUGCUGAAGACGGAGAGUCUCCCUCCCAGCCAGCAGUACGUCCCGUUCGGAGGGAAACGCCUCUGCGCUCUGAAAGGAGCUCGACCCACCAUGAACCGAGCAGCCUCUGCUCCCACACGUACGUUGGGUCGACGCAAGCUGGUUCGGAACCGGUUCACCAUCGACACGGACAUCGUGUUCGACGCAGACGCUGACCCCGACGCCGACUCGCCAGACUCCCAGCAUGCCCUGCAGCCGGGCGACACCGACCGCUGGGUAGAGGAGCAGUUCGACCUGCAGCGCUACGAGGAGCAGGAGCAGGAGCAGGUGAAGGAGACGGACAUUCUGAGCGACGAGGACGAGGAGGGCGACGAGACCGAAGACUUCAGCCAGUCCACCUUGAGCCCGUCCGCCGAGCCGGAGCUGGAAGGACAGGUUUCGGCGCUGACGCUGGAUGAGGAUGAGCAGAACGCUUCCGAAAGCAAAGACUCCAAAUCCCAGCAUGCUCUGCGGCUGUCUCACCUGGGGAAGCAGUGCGCCGUGUCCGUGGCCAGCGUGGACGAGCAGGCGGCGCCCGGCGACGAUGUUGUCUGGGUGCGGCGGGACGUGAGCAGUCCCGAGAGUGAGGAGCAGAACCCUCCGGAAAGCUGAAGACGAGCCGGAAUGUCGGAGUAAAAGUGCUGAUUCCAGGUCGGCCAUUCCGACUGGAGAUGUACCUUGCUGUGGAGUUCAGGGCUGGGCGAUAUCACGAUACUAUCACAAUAUAUUAUAUCAAUAUUAUUUGGUAACGAUAAUGAAUGAAUUAUCAGUAGUUGUCCAUUCUGAAACAUGAAUUAUUGAUCAUUAAAUGAAGCGAUAAACACAUCAGCAUUGAUUAAUAAAUCAAUAAUUAUCAAUAUUGAAUGUACAUAUCUAAAAUGAGCUAUAACUCCAUUAUGACUAAAAUUAUUCUCUGCCUUCUGUGACAAAAUCUCCUACCUGUUCCACACUCCUAAAAAUGUUUCUUUAAGGGUUCUUGAGUAAAGACAGUGGUUCUAACAAGAACCAUGGACACUCACAGAACCCUUUAAAGCAUAACUGGCUCUCUGCAUGGUCAAAUUUUGGAAAACCAUUUGUGUAUGGU